UCGAGACCAGUGCGAGAGGGCCAGGGCCCAGGCCCAAAGAGAAACAAUCGACGACCCAGCCCCACGGACGAAGCACCCCUGUCAUGGCGCCGCCGCCGCAGCACCCGCCGCCGGCGAGCGGCGGCCGUCUCCUCGUGCUCUACGCAUCGCAGACCGGCCACGCCGAGGAAGCCGCUGGGCGCGUGGGCCGCGAGGCCGAGCGCGGCGGCUGCCCUGCCGUCCACGUCCUCUCCAUGGACAGCUUCAACCCUAGCCGCUUGCCGGGAGAAAGGUCUGUGAUCUUCGUCGUGUCCACCGCCGGGCAGGGCGAGCCCCCGGACUCCAUGAAGGGGUUCUGGAGGUACCUUCUGAAGAAGAACCUUGAUGCCCCGUGGCUGCAAGGGCUCCGUUACGCCGUGUUUGGGCUCGGCGAUUCAGGCUACCUGCAGACGUACAAUGUUGCUGCAAUGAAGCUCCGUAAAAGGCUUUCACAGCUUGGUGCGAAAUCGAUCAUAGGGAUAGGCUUGGGAGAUGAACAAGCCUCUUCAGGAUAUGAAAAAGCUCUAGGUCCUUGGCUGCUGUCUUUGUGGAAAUCACUGAAUCGAACAAAUCCGUCACUUUUACCAAGAAUACCCGACAUAAUUAAUCCUAAUCUGAAUAAUUUGGGGGAUACAAAGGUCGAAGUCAUAUAUUACUCUUCCGAUGAUACUCCACAAGACUCCACUGUUUCAGACUCCAAGAAAUUAAUCGGGAGAGCGCGCUCAAUGCACCCUGCUCUGAAGUUCCAUAAUGAUGGAGAGCCACAAUGCAUGUUAAAGAUGGUAACAAAUGAGCGCUUGACUAAGAAGGAUUCUGAGAGAGAUGUGCGCCAUUUUGAAUUGGAAGACCCAUCUUCUGCGGUCCGUUAUCAAGUUGGUGACGCUUUAGAAAUUCUACCAAGUCAGAAUCCAUCAGCUGUUAAUGCUUUCAUCAAACGCUGUAACUUGGAUCCAGAUUGCUACAUAACGAUACGAGCAAAGGGCGGGGAUGAAGUUUCCAAAGGUUCACCUGUGAAUGGCUUGAUGGAUUGUAUCAAGUUAAAGACCUUUGUUGCUUUGACAAUGGAUGUUGCAUCAGCUUCCCCUGGGCGGUAUUUCUAUGAGAUCAUGAGCUAUUUUGCAACAGUUCAACAUGAAAAGGAAAGGCUUCAUUGUUUUGCAACAACUGAAGAUGAAAAGGAGAGGCUUCAGAAGAAAAGGCUUCAGAAAGAAAGGCUUGAGGAGUUUGCUUCUCCUGAAGGAAGAGAUAUCCUUUACCAGUACAAUCACAAGGAGGGUCGAACUGUUCUAGAAGUAUUGGAGGACUUUCCCUGGGUGCACAUGCCUUUUGAAUGGUUGGUGCAAUUGACGCCGCCGUUGAAGAAAAGAGCAUUUUCGAUAUCGUCGUCCCCAUUGGCACAUCCAAACCAGAUACACUUGACUGUUAGUGUUGUAUCAUGGCUUGCUACUCCUUUCAGGAGAAAGCAUGGUCUCUGCUCCACAUGGCUGGCAGGACUCAAUCCAAAUGAAGAAACUCGUGUACCAUGCUGGAUACACCGAGGAUCCCUGCCUCCUCCAGAUUCGUCGACUCCUCUUGUUCUUAUUGGACCAGGAACAGGAUGUGCGCCAUUCCGAGCAUUCGUGGAGGAGAGGGCUACGCAGAGGGCGAGGCAACCCACAGCUCAGAUCCUAUUCUUCUUCGGCUGUAGAAACGAAGACGAUGAUUUUCUACACAGGGACUUUUGGUCACACCAUGCCCAGGACAACAGAGUUCUGUCCCCGAAAGAGGGUGGCGGUUUCUUUGCCGCCUUCUCUAGGGAUCAGCCUGAGAAGGUGUAUGUGCAACACAAGAUAAGGGAGCAGAGCGCAAGGGUGCUGAACAUGUUAUGCUCUGGUGCCGCAGUAUACGUCGCGGGGUCGUCUACCAAAAUGCCUGCUGAUGUUAGAGCUGCGCUGGAAGAAGUUGUCCGCAAAAAGGGCGGCGAUGCAGGAUGGCUCAGGAAACUGGAAAGGGCUGGUAAAUAUAACACCGAAACUUGGUCAUAAUUGUGAUUGUCAGAGAGAGCAAGGAAGUAUAUAGGAGCAAUAGGCUGAAAAUGUAACUUUAUUGCAACCAAUGUAACUGAUACAUAGAUACAUGUCUGUAUUGGAGGCAUUGUGUGCCUUCUGUUUUGCAGCCAAACCAAAUAUAGAAGAUCACACAACA